AAAAAACCAUUCUUCUCUCCCUUACACUUGUUAAAAUUUUUUAGCAUACAAGGCAGACGUUAUUUUCAUCACAGAGAAACCUUGCCAAAAUAUUUUUUCUAAAACCCGCUUUUUCUCUCAAUACGCGCCUGAUUGCCUCACCCCUCAACAACAACUUCCACAACUAGGCUUUAAAAACUUGUGUACAGAUACAUCUUCAUCAUUCCUUUCUAGUUUCCCUUCUCCUGUUUCAACAAUAACUCUAAUCAUCACCGGAUAUAACUCUAUUUAUUCACUACAUCCUUUCCCUAGCAUUUACUAAACAUCACAACUCCUAACAACACCAUGAAUUUCUAUUCAGCUUCAUCAUCAUCUUGUACAAAUAAUACCAUGUCAACCAAGUUACACCAACCAUCCACAUCCAGCCAGCCUACUUUAUACAUGGAUGUACAAGAGACUUUUAGCGACUUUACUCUAAACGGUUCAGACAUUUCUCCAACCACCACUCCAACUAGAUUCAAUGAUUUGUCAGUUUUUAAUAUUGACAAUGAUGACGAAGAAGGUUAUUCCACACCAACGGGUGAUAUAACCUUUGUGCCUGAAGAAAGUUGGGUUUACUCAACACCAACCAAGGCAAGAGGAGAACCUGUAUGCCCUGGUGCUCCUAAAAGAAAGAAUAAUAUCAAUGAUGAUUCUUUUUCUAGUUCUCACUCCCUCUCCUUUUCACAAUCCCUCCCUUCUGACAACGUCAUUUCUCCAAAGAGAGGAAUUACCAAGCAAAAAAAGUAUAGAAAGACCUCUCCUUCUGCUGCAUUUGUAAGAAGACGUAGCUUCCCUAACAUUAGACUUGAUUUUAGUGAUAUCGAUGUUAGUGACGAAGGACAAAACACCAACUAGAUUUUUCACUAGUUUUGAAUAUAACACUACUAGUGCUUAACUACUAACACAACCCUCCAUCAUCAUUACAUCAACAUUUAAACAAUCUGCCAACAUUUUGUCAUGUUGUAUUGCUGGUCGCACAAACGUGAUCAUCAAUAUCUUGCGUUGACAAACUUGAAGAUUGGUUUAUUGUUUUUUUUUUGAUUGUUUAAAUGUUGACACCAUUGUAAAUAUCUGAAAACAGCCGUUUCAUUCUAGGAGCUGUAAAAUAACAAAAAUAAAUAAAAAGUAUAAAAUUAUUCAUUAUC